CUGCGGCCGGACACGCUGCGUGUGAGUGAGCCACCAAUGAUCAACCUGAGCGUGGAUGAUGACGUACAGUUUGUGAGAAGAACUCUGAAAGUCAAAAAGCCUCGAUUUGAUGCAUCCUUGGUUCAUUUGACCCGAAAAUUCAUGGAUCUUGUCAAAACAGCUCCGGACGGUGUCCUUGAUUUAAAUGAAGUAGCAACAACACUUGGAGUACGGAAACGAAGAGUGUAUGACAUCACCAAUGUGUUGGAUGGAAUCCACUUAAUUCAGAAAAGAUCUAAGAAUCUUAUCCAGUGGGUAGGUUCUAAUCUUGACCAAGUUGUCGGAAAAGCACCAGAGCAGCAAAACCUUAAAGAUGAACUUUCUGACUUGUCAGCCAUGGAGGAAGCUCUGGAUGAAUUAAUCAAGGAUUGUGCUCAUCAGUUAUUUGAACUAACAGAUGACAAAGAAAAUGCAAAACUAGCUUAUGUGACAUAUCAAGAUAUCCGUAGCAUUCAGGCAUUUCAAGAACAGAUUGUGAUUGCAAUCAAAGCUCCAGAGGAAACCAAAUUGGAAAUACCAAUUCCUAAAGAAGAUUGCAUAGAAGUACAUGUGAAGAGCACAAAAGGACCCAUCGAUGUGUAUCUAUGUGAGGUGGAACAAGAGAAGCCAGGUGCCAAAACUUUUGAAGAUAUGGAUACCGUCACUUCUGAAACUGAGCCAUCAGUUCCUCCUGAUGAAGAUGACAGACUAAUUACAACUCAAAAAUCUAAUACGGAAUGUAAAUACCUGUGUUAUAGAGCUUUUCCAAAGCCGCUUGGAUCUGCAAACUUACUAACCUGAAGUGUUCCAAAGUGUUUUAAAUUUAAACCAGCAGUGGGUUGGUUGAGUGCUUUCACAGGAUUGCUUAUCUUCCCAAGUCAAAAGACAACAGUUCCUAGAGUUGCUUUUAGGAGCUCUGUUUUCAUAAUUGCAUGUGAUCUACAGAGCUUUGGGAAAAUGGUAUUUUUAGCUUAUGAAAUAAUUGUAAUUGACGGAAAACAUAGGCCAUUAAUUACUUCUGAAAACGAAGAUUUGAAAACUAUUUCUGGAAUGAUCCAUAAUCCUUAUGAGAAUGUAUAUAAUACAGAAAUGCACUUUUCAGUUCUGAGGCUGCACUACUACUAAGCAGGACUGUCAAAUACGAGUGUAACAAAGACCUGGUGUAUCGGAAGCCUUCACUAUAGGAACAAGAUGUAAAUAUCGUGAGAGUUAUGCCUUACACUGUGUAGAUGCUGUUUGCAUUGUUUGCAUCCAGCUCUGCAUGAACUAUGGUAUCAACACUGAAGUUAAAGAAUUGGGCUUUUUGUAUAUAUCUGUAUCAUGUCUAGGUAGUUACCAAUGUAGAUUUAUUGAGAUGGUUUGCAUUUCAGCCUUUGUACAGCAAAGAAAUAAAAUAAGCUUAUAAAA